GCGCUGCGGCAUGACGUCACGCGGUCCGACGUAACCCCUCUCUUCAGGGCUGCGGCGACAACAACAAGGAAGUGAUUGAGCGAGGAGAGUCGCCUGGGCCGCCGCCGCCGCUCCCGCCACCCGUCGCCGGAACCCUUUCUGUAGGCGGCCGAACCCUCUUUCCCCCUCCGCUGCGCUCCCGGCGCCGCCAUCAUGAACGGCAAAGGUCAAUAUCCUACACAGCCUUCUUAUCCAGUCCAGCCUCCUGGUAAUCCUUCUGUAUUCCCACAGACUAUACCACUUCCCCAGGCUCCGCCUUACACCGAGGCUCCUCCUGCGUACUCAGAACUCUACCGCCCAAGCUUUGUGCAUCCUGGAGCCGCCACCGUACCAACCAUGUCUGCUGCAUAUCCUGGUGCUUCGCUGUACCUGCCUAUGGCUCAGUCUGUUGCUAUGGGUCCCAUGGGCUCUUCAGUUCCAGUGGCUUUUUACCCUGUGGGUCCCGUCUACCCUCCUGGAUCCGCUGUUCUGGUCGAGGGGGGCUUUGAUGCUGGGGCAAGGUUUGCAACAGGUGCCCCUGCUAAUAUUCCUCCCCCUCCUCCUGGCUGUCCUCCCAACGCGGCCCAGUUGGCUGUCAUGCAGGGUGCCAACGUGUUAGUGACGCAACGGAAGGGGAACUUCUUCAUGGGGGGCUCUGACGGCGGCUACACCAUCUGGUGAAGGAAGAGGGGGGGGCGCUACAUUGGUGUAAAGGAACGACAUCACAUACUGUCAGCACUUCUCACAAUGUAACCGCUUUAGUCGUAUUAACCUGGAGUUGCCGUUUAGACACAUGAUGAUGGGGGGUGUCUUCCUCGUGCCCUGACCCUUCAGGCACUUUUUUUUUUCUUUAAAAAAUGUGUACAAAAAAUUAAAUACAAAACCAUGCAAUGGUAGGAGUGCCUCUCUUAAAAACUUAGGGGUUAAAAUUGUGGAACGAAUGCAAGCGAUGAAGCCCCAGAAUUCCCUUGGGUUCUACUGGAGAGUUCUCGUGCUGCAGCACUGUCUCUUUCUUUGGCUUUUAUUAAUCAACUAUAUAUAAAACCAGAUUUGGGUUGGGGGAGGGAGGAAAGGGUCAGGGAUGGGGAGGCAAAGUGGAAGUUUGGAAGAGAGCCUGGUUUCCAAUUAUCAAAAAUAAUAAAGCUUGCAGAUGUAUCUGUUGCCAAUGAAUAGGACUGAGAAAAAACCCCUCCUUUCCUUUUCCAUAGAAUCAGUGGUGCUGGAGAGAAGCUAGUCUAUUUCCUUUUGGGGAGGGGGGACAUACAUGGUAGAUGCCUGUUAAAGGAACGGGGGUGGGCGGGCGGGCUCAGCUUUUGAUUUUGGAUGCUCUCUGCCAGUUCCUUCUGCUCACCUUUGCUCUCUGUUCCCAUGCAAGGAAGGUGUGCAGCUAGAGCGUUGGCCCGGGGAUGUUCUUUUUAUACACUCUUAAAGUGAUCUUGGACUCCUUUGCACAUUAUGAAUCUAACUGAAGCCAUGUUUCGGUGCCAGAAACACAACAUUUCAUUAAAUGCUUCCUGUACUUUUCAAAAAUAAGAGCUUAAAAAGACCAUUUUGUAAAGGGAAUUUAAAAAAAAAAAAGCAACCCAGUGUCUUGAUAACAGAACUCUGUGUGGAAUGUUAUUCAGGCUAGAGAGACAAGAUCGUCUGGUGGACGUCAAUCAAUGUGCAAGUUAGCUGGAUUUGAUGAGUGGUUCUUUUUUUUUCAGAUGCAAAACUUUUUAAAAAGUGACUUGGGUACAAUGAAGUCUUAUUAGAGUUAAGAAGAAUAUUUCAGGGAUCCUCAAUCUUUUUUUGUUGUUGUUGUUGCUUUUGUUUUUAUGAAUUAAAAAGUUAUCAGAUUUGGUGAAUAUAUUUUAUCUUAAUUUUCUGUGUGUCGUAUGUGUCAUGGUUAACCAUACAGCUGACUGUUAAUGAAAGGUUGGGAUUCUAGGUCUCUCUGUAAACACUGUGGUGCACUUAACUUGUGGACUUUUUAUACUAAAAACAAGUAGAAUAAAGGCUAUUUUGAAAAAUUUGAAUAAAGUGACAGAGUUGAA